CUACAGCUCUUUAAUUUCACACUUUAGUAUCGAAUUCUGUCCAUUUUAUCAUUUCUAUAGUCUUUUUUCAUCCAACACAGGUAUCUGUAGGUACUAUGAGAUAAGUCUAGGCCUCAGUUUUCAGUAGUGCUGGUUGCCAGGUUUGGGUUGACUCAGUAUUCAAUAGCAGGCUUUCAGAGAGGACAGUGCAGACUGGACACAGGACACAGAACUGGACACAGGACACAGGACAGGACUGUUCUUGCUGCAAGGUGGAUUAUUGCUCAGAUCCUCUGCACACAUUCAGUGUUUGGACCCCUUGAUCUGCUUGUGGAUGUAGUGGAUGAGUCUCCUAAAGGACGGGGACUGAAGGAUUGAGGAAUUAAGCGCAGGCAUUGCUGUCCUCUACUGGACUGUGGGGUCAGGAUCGGGGUCCUGGCUCCCAUGCGAGUGUGUGAGAGCGACGGCCGCUGGCCGGGGGCCGCGGUUUCCUCACGGAGCCGAAAGGCCUCUAAAGUGCAGAGGACUGGAUGCAGCCCCUUCCCAAUGUGCUGGGCUGGAGAAUAUGACAGACACCUAGCGCACGGCAAAGGCAUGGCGACGGCGUACCUGGACCCCAACCUGAACCACGCCCUGGGCGGUGGGGCCAAGUCACGCCUGAGCACAGGGACGGAGCGGGCCCCUGGAGCCCCAGACCGGGUCCUCAAGGUCUUCCAUCACUUUGAAAGCAACAAUGAGCACAGCACGUGGUCCAGCAACAUCCGCCACGGAGACGGAACCGACGUGAGGGGCAUCAUCCAGAAGAUCGUGGACAUCCACAAGGUGAAAUGCGUGUCGUGUUUCGGCCUGAGGCUCAGUCACGUCCAGUCGGGGGAGGUCCACUGGCUUCACCCCGACAUGGGCGUGUCCCACGUGAGGGAGAAAUACGAACAGAACCGCCCACAAGACGAGUGGAGGUAUGAACUGCGGAUCCGUUAUCUGCCAAAGGGCUUCCUGAACCAGUUUACUGAAGACAAGCCGACACUGAAUUACUUCUACCAGCAGGUGAAGAACGACUACAUGUUAGAAAUAGCAGAUCAGGUGGAGCAGGAGAUUGCGCUGAAGCUGGGAUGCCUUGAGAUAAGGAGGUUCUUCAGAGAAAUGAGAGGAAAUGCUCUGGACAAGAAAUCCAACUACGAGCUUUUAGAAAAAGAUGUCGGGCUCAGACGGUUCUUCCCCAAGAGUCUGCUGGAUUCCGUCAAGGCUAAAAACUUACGGAAGCAGAUCCAGCAGACGUUUAAACAGUUUGCCAACAUGAACGAUGAGCAGAGCAUCCUGAAGUUCUUCGAGAUCCUGGCGCCGGUGUACAGAUUCGAUAAGGAGUGCUUUAAAUGUGCUCUGGGGUCGAGUUGGGUGAUCUCAGUAGAGCUGGCUAUCGGCCCUGAGGAAGGAAUCAGCUACCUGACAGAUAAAGGCUCAACGCCGACGCAUUUGGCGAACUUCACGCAGGUUCAGAGCAUCCAGUACUCCUGUAUGGAGGACCGGGAGAGGAAGGGCAUGCUGCAGCUGGACGUGGCUGGAGCGGCUGAGCCUCUGACCGUCACCACGCCAUCCUUCUCCACCGCUGAAAACAUGGCCGACCUGAUCGACGGAUACUGUCGGCUGGUGAACGGCGGGGUUCAGUCUUUCAUCGUCAGGCCGCAGAAAGAGGGAGAGAGAGCGCUUCCAUCAAUCCCGAAACUUGGUAACAGUGAGAAGCGGUUAGAGGCUGUCCGGACAGGAGUGCGUGCCAUAUCUGUAUCAGACUCUGUGACUCCGACGCCACCCAAAUCUGCUAAAGCCCGCCGCUUCCUCCUGCCUUUUGUCUUCUGUUCCCAUGAUUCACCACCUAAGGAAGAUGUUAGUGGGGAUGAAACGGACGACUAUGCAGAGAUCAUAGAUGAGGAGGAUACCUACACCAUGCCCUCCACCGAGUGCUAUGGAUUAGACCAAGCCAGGGAUUAUGAGAUCCAGAGGGAGAGGAUCGAGCUGGGCCGCUGCAUCGGAGAGGGUCAGUUCGGAGACGUCCAUCAAGGCGUCUACUCCAGCCCAGAGAAUCCAGCUCUAUCUGUGGCCAUUAAAACAUGCAAGAACUGCACCUCAGACAGCGUGCGGGAGAAGUUCCUGCAGGAAGCUUUGACGAUGCGGCAGUUUGACCAUCCUCAUAUUGUGAAGCUCAUUGGGGUCAUCACAGAGAACCCGGUGUGGAUCAUCAUGGAGCUCUGCACGCUAGGCGAGUUGAGGUCAUUCUUACAAGUAAGAAAAUAUAACCUGGACCUGGCAACACUCAUUCUGUUUGCCUACCAGUUGAGCACAGCCCUGGCCUACCUGGAGAGCAAGAGAUUUGUGCACAGGGACAUUGCAGCCAGGAAUGUCUUGGUGUCUUCCGCUGACUGUGUGAAACUUGGGGACUUUGGACUCUCCAGGUACAUGGAGGACAGCUCUUAUUACAAAGCUUCCAAAGGGAAACUUCCAAUCAAAUGGAUGGCACCAGAAUCCAUCAACUUCCGUCGCUUUACCUCAGCCAGUGAUGUGUGGAUGUUUGGGGUGUGCAUGUGGGAGAUCCUGAUGUACGGCAUUAAACCCUUCCAGGGCGUGAAGAACAACGACGUGAUUGGUCGAAUAGAAAACGGCGAGCGUUUGGCCAUGCCCCACAACUGCCCCCCCACACUCUACAGCCUGAUGACCAAGUGCUGGGCGUACGACCCCAGCAAGAGACCCCGCUUCACUGAACUCAAGACCCAGCUCAGCACUAUCCUGGAGGAGGAGAAGGCUCAGCAGGAAGAGCGGUUGCGUAUGGAGAUGAGGCGUCAGGUCACAGUGUCCUGGGACUCUGGUGGUUCAGACGAAGCUCCUCCUAAACCCAGUCGACCAGGUUACCCGAGUCCCCGAUCCAGUGAAGGCUACUUCCCCAGCCCUCAGCACGCAGGACAGCACAACCAUUACCAGGUGUCGGGUUAUCCCGGCUCUCACGGCAUGCCCUCCAUGCCCGGUGGAGGAUACCCGGCCCAGGCCUCUGUUCUAGACCCGCACGAGACCUGGAACCACCACAGACCAGACGUGCCCAUGUGGUCUCCCAACAUGGAGGAGGGAGGUGCUCUAGACAUGCGAGCUCUGGGUCAGGGGCUUCCUCCUCAUCUGAUGGAGGAAAGGCUGAUGAUGCAGCAGCAGCAGAUGGAGGAGGACCAGCGCUGGCUGGAGCAUGAGGAGAGCUUCCUGAAGCCGGAGUCCAGGAACUCGAGGGGCAGCAUCGACCGAGAGGACGGAGCUCUCCAGGGGCCGACGGGAAACCAGCACAUAUACCAGCCCGUGGGGAAAGCAGAACACGUAGCGCCGCCUAAGAAGCCCCCUCGUCCAGGAGCCCCGAGCCACCUGGGCAGCCUUGCCAGCAUCAAUCCAGUGGACAGCUACAACGAGGGCGUAAAGAUCCAGCCUCAGGAGAUCAGUCCUCCCCCCACGGCUAAUCUGGACCGCUCUAAUGAUAAAGUGUAUGAGAACGUGACCGGGCUGGUGAAGGCGGUGAUUGAGAUGUCCAGUAAAAUCCAGCCGGCCCCUCCGGAGGAGUACGUGCCCAUGGUGAAGGAGGUGGGACUGGCUCUGAGGACCCUGCUGGCCACAGUGGACGAGACCAUACCCAUCUUACCAGCCAGCACACACAGAGAGAUCGAGAUGGCCCAGAAGCUGCUGAACUCUGACCUGGCCGAGCUCAUCAACAAGAUGAAGCUGGCUCAGCAGUACGUUCUGACCAGCCUGCAGCAGGACUACAAGAAGCAGAUGCUGACGGCUGCACACGCGCUCGCCGUGGACGCCAAGAACCUGCUGGACGUUAUUGAUCAGGCGCGGCUGAAGAUGAACGUGCAGUCCCGGCCGCACUAGCUCCUCCAGAAGAAAGAGAGAGAAAGAGAGAGGAGGACAUCACAGCACAGGAGAGAAGAGAAGAGAGGAUAGGGACAUCUCACUGCUAGGACAAUAAAUAGGAUGUCCCUGGUUAAGAGGACUGGAUCACGCAGCAACAGCGCCCCCUGUCUGCUCUCUCCUCUCACUCAGAACUCUCACUACUAUGAAGAAGCGCACCUCUAAAGCCUGACUCCUCACUACAAGAAUAUCAGAAAAGAAACACUUUUUUAUACAGACUUAUUACAGACUUUUGGAGAUGAACACGUUAUGUUUUAUGGUCUUGUUUGUGCUGGUUGUCCUGUUUUAUUUUUGUUUUAUUUAGUUUUUUUGUUUUUUAAUAAAUCCAGAGAUCCAGAAGUCCAGCAGCUCCAGGCAUGCGGCUCCACUUUAAGCUGGAAAAUCCUGCAACUGGAACCCAAAACUCUGAGCGCUUUCUCUUUUUCUUUUAAAGUUCUGUUUUUGUGAUGCCGGGAAUCAUCUGGGCUAACCCAAAGGUCUAUUAUUAUUAUUAUUAUUAUUAUUAUUAUUAUUAUUGAGACACAGACACGCUUCCUUUUAUGAAAUGUACUAUAGCAGAUAUGCUCUUAUCAAUAUUGUGGAUUAUAUAGAUGUUGAGGGCUCACACUGUUUUUCCCGGUCAUCCUCCGGCGCAUACACACACACACACACACACACACACACACUCAGGGGGCACCUCAAGACACACUGCAUUCAUGAGCAUUUUAAUAAUAAUAAGAAGAAUAAUGUUAUUAAAUAAUUCAUUCUUUUGUUUUUUUUUUACAUUUCUCCUGAGCAUAACGUCACACCACAAUACAAUAUUCUCCACAUACAAAGGCAUAUAUAUAUAUUUUUGAACGAAUCUCAGCUACUAUGAAAUAAUUAGGCUAAGAAGGGCGAGGGGGUGUGUGAGAGAGACUAUGGGCUUACAGGGACACGUCUCCUAAAGCCUCUUUAGCAUAUCAGUGAAUGAAAAGCACAGUUCUAGUAGCUCAAGGCCUUCAGAUAAAUUCAUAUGAACCUGUAGAGUGUAGAUCAGGUGCGGACCUCAGUCCACACCCACCACAAAUCAAAUCACGUUCCUUCAUUUCCUCCAGGCCGAGACACUGAUGUCGUUCUGCGUUUUCUUCAUGCUCACCCCUCUGUGUGUGUACAGUACAAUCUAUAAAUAAAUCCAAGUUGUCACUCUGAUAAAUUAUUCUCAGGAAGAACUGACUGUACAGAACCUUUAACUAAUAAAACGUGUUACUCUUGUAAA